AAUAAAAAAUAAAUAAAUCGUUAUUUAAAUUAAAAUAAUAAUUACAAUUCAAUUAAAAAUAAUCCACGAGGAACCCAUGUCCCGCGUACUUGUUCGUGGUCGGACUGUUUUGGUUGGUGCACACAAAACUUUGCGGAAGUCAUCCCAAGCCAUGCUCAAAAUUAUAGCUCAAGAUCUAGUUUCCCUGUGAUAUGAACUUAAGACUUGAAAUAACUCCACGGAGCUGACAUACAGGGGGCACAAAGAUUUGAGACACAACAUUUGUUUGCAAUGAAACUAAAAGAAUUGGAGAGCUGCUUGCAGCAAGUGGACACAUUUGAAGAGCCUAAGAUCCUCCUGGAGCAGUACCCAACCAGUCCUCACAUCGCUGCAUGCAUGCUUUACACAAUCCAGAAUACCUUUGAUGACAUUGAGGGUAAACUAGUCGCAGAUCUAGGAUGUGGUUGCGGAGUCCUCAGCAUCGGGGCUGCGAUGCUAGACGCAGGUUUGUGCGUCGGCUUCGACAUUGACGAGGACGCACUGGACAUAUUCAAGAGAAAUGUAGAGGAAUUUGAGAUUCCUAACAUAGAUCUGGUGCAGUGUGACCUGUGUUGCCAGGAGGCAGAGGCUUAUGCCAACAAGUUUGACACUGUAAUAAUGAAUCCGCCCUUUGGGACAAAACACAACCAAGGCAUGGACAUGAAGUUUCUCCGAGCGGCUUUAACGAUGGCAAAGACAGCUGUUUACUCACUACAUAAAACAUCAACACGAGAGCACAUACAAAAGAAAGCUGGUGACUGGGGAGUAAAGAUGGAGGUCAUAGCAGAGCUGCGAUAUGACCUGCCAGCAUCUUAUAAGUUCCACAAAAAGAAAUCGGUUGACAUCCAGGUGGACUUCCUACGGUUCUCCAAAGCCUGAAGCUCUCACUGGAAUGGAUUUACCUUGCCUCUGUAUUUUCACUGUUUGUAAUAAAUGUUUCCGUUAAAGAAAAA